AUGAUGAACGAUUACCAAAACCAGUCGCUUUCCAAUAAGAGUGAAGAGAUGCUGAAAGUUAGAGCAGCGAAGUUCUACUUUCCACGAGAAUGGGACGUGCCCUGCCGAAGCGGGAUUUUGAGAUACAACCGCGGCACAAUCACGUCCAGGACACAGAUGAGGACAGAUCGGUGGCAGAUCGGCCGAUGCAACGGAGCUACAUGUCCGACGCAAAAAUAUUGGGAGUGA